UCCGCCUCCCAUCCCCUCACGUUUCUGCAGUGGCUUGGUUUGAACGCUCCCGCUGUCUCUUUCAUGUCUGUUGCCACGCAAAUCGAACAACUCCUUGCCGAGCGGGAACAUAUUGCGGAGGAUAUUCUAAUCAAUAAACAACUGGUCAUUGAUUAUGAUCGCAAACGAAAUAGUAAUCGAGAAGCGCUGCGUCAGAUAGAUAAGAAGCUACAUAAUGAAAAGAAAUUGUGGGUGAAUUUUGGUGACAUGUUUAUCAAACUUCCGACCACCGAUACCAAGCAACUCAUCGAAGCCGAUCAAAUAAAAUUGGAUGAGCAAAUCGAAGCGAGUCGCGAACUGAUGAAGGAAAAAGCGCGGCAGCUCGAUCGAUUGGAAGGGACGAAAACCAUGCUGGGUCUGGAUUUGCAAGGCAUGUCAGCCCAAGAUCUCUAUCACAUCAAGAAGCAUUAAUUUCUCUAAUUGUAAAUAUGAAACUUUGAACACCAUGCAUAUAAAAUUCUUUUUGGAAAAAGUUGAACAGACCUGUCAUGCUGCAUUGAG